CGUAGCUAGGCGCAAAAUCGUUUUCUUUCCCGCGCAAUAAUUUCACACUUCUUUCUCCUUCCUUCCUUUACCUUUCAAUUCUAAUUAGGGUUUUCAGCGCACAAGCAAACCCUAACAAUGGAGGUCGUCCCUCAGAUCUCUCAGUUUCUAACCGACACGCUCAGCUCUGAUUGCGCCGUCGUCCGCGCGGCUACCGAAUCCCUCGAUCGCCUCUCUCUCCUUCCUGGAUUCUCUUUCUCUCUCCUCUCAAUCGCCACUGAAGGUGAGAAUCAUGGUCAAAAGAUUGCUGCAGCCACAUACCUUAAGAACUUCACGAGGCGAAAUGUUGAUGAUGAUGGUGCUCCGCAUUUGAAAAUCAGCAAGGAGUUCAAGGACCAGCUCCUGCGUGCUUUGCUACAAGUCGAGCCAGCAGUGCUGAAAGUUUUGAUCGAAGUGUUCCAAAUUAUUGUAUCAGUUGAGGUUGUUAAGAAGAAUUCCUGGCCGGAACUCGUCCCUGACCUGAAAUAUGCUAUCCAAAAUAGUCAUCUUUUUAACAUUGGUGCAGAGUCUCAAUGGAAUACCUUCAAUUCCCUCACGGUUCUUCAUGCACUUCUUAGGCCUUUCCAGUACUUUUUGGAUCCUAAAGUUGCCAAGGAGCCUGUACCAAUGCAGCUGGACUUAAUUGCAAAAGAAAUCCUUGUGCCCUUGUUUGCUGUAUUUCAUCAAUACGUUGAAAAGGUUGUCAUUUCUCUUUCUCACAUUGUACCAGCUCCUCUCUUACUACUGACAUUCAUAUGGGUUUUGUACUCUUUCAAACAGGUUUCUAAAACCAAUAGUACAGGAGAAUUGGAAAUAGAGAAGACGCUUCUUCUUGUAUGCAAAUGCAUAUACUUUGCUGUGAGGUCUCAUAUGCCAUCUGCUUUAGCUCCUCUUCUGCCCACCUUGUGCCGUGAUCUAAUUGACAUUCUUGGUUCUCUGAUUUUGGAUUCUGUGGUUACCACUGGAAAUGAGCACUUGAUGAGGCUAAAGACUGGGAAGAGAAGUUUGCAAAUUUUUUGUGCUCUAGUUACUCGGCACCGGAAGUAUUCUGACAAGUUAAUGCCGGACAUGAUAAACAGUGCAUUAAGCAUAGUCAAAUAUAGUAAAAGUGCCGGUAAGCUUGAGUUUUUAUCAGAGAGGAUUGUUUCAUUAGGUUUCGAUGUGAUUUCACGUGUUCUGGAGACAGGCCCUGGAUGGAGGUUGGUUUCACCCUAUUUUUCAUCACUGUUGGAUUCUGCGAUUUUUCCAGCGCUGGUAAUGAAUGAAAAGGAUAUCUCAGAGUGGGAAGAAGAUGCAGAUGAGUUCAUAAGGAAGAAUCUUCCAUCUGACAUUGACGAAGUGUCUGGAUGGAGGGAGGAUCUGUUUACAGCCAGAAAAAGUGCAAUUAAUUUACUUGGUGUUAUUUCAUUGUCAAAGGGUCCUCCAAUGGGAACAUCUAGCAAUGGUUCCUUAGCUUCAUCGAAACGGAAAAAAGGUGAAAAGAACAAGGGUAAUAGUCGACGGUGCUCCAUUGGAGAACUCUUGGUUCUUCCAUUUCUCUCAAAGUUUCCUAUUCCAUUUGAAGCUAUUGGAACUGAAACUGAAAUUUUGAGCAAUUAUUUCGGUGUUCUAAUGGGAUAUGGUGGCCUGCUAGAUUUUCUCAGGGAGCAAGAGCCUAGAUAUACUACAACUCUGGUUAAGACAAGGCUACUACCCUUGUAUAAAUCGUCAGUGUGCCUACCAUACUUAAUUGCUCCUGCGAACUGGGUACUUGGAGAGUUAGCUUCCUGUCUGCCUGAAGAGAUGAGUGCAGAUGUAUACUCUUCGUUGCUCAGCGCGUUGAUUAUGCCAGAUAAUGGGGAUACUUCUUGUUACCCUGUCCGUGUUUCUGCUGCUGGGGCAAUUGCAGAGCUUCUUGAAAAUGAUUACAUGCCACCUGAUUGGCUUCCUCUUCUUCAAGCUGUGAUUGGUAGGAUUGGUAUUGAUGAUGAAGAUAGCUCCGUAUUGUUUCAGCUUCUCAGUUCUAUUGUGGAGGCAGGAAAUGAAAAUGUUGCAGUUCAUAUCCCAUCUAUUGCUUCGUCAUUGGUUGCUGCAAUUUCUAAGUGUAUACCUGCUAAUCUGGAGCCUUGGCCACAAAUGGUUGAAAAGGGCUUUGGAGCAUUAGCAGUGAUGGCUCAAUCUUGGGAGAAUUUUCUUUCCGAAGAUCGUGAGCAGAACGAAUCUAGUGAAAAGUGGGCAUCCGGUCGAGCAGCUGUUGGUAGAGCAUUUUCUGUGCUUUUGCAACAGGCUUGGCUAUCACCCAUGCAUCCAUUGGAAGUUGAGGGUUCUAAUCCAUCUUGCAUAGAUGAUGCAUCAACUCUAUUGCGGUCCACCAUGCUAUCUGUUACCGAAAGCAAUGAAAUUCAGGAGCUUAAGAUAUCUGAGUUAUUAUUAGUUUGGGCUGAUAUGGUUGCGGAUUGGCAUGCGUGGGAGGAGUCGGAGGAUAUGUCAGUCUUUGACUGCAUUCAGGAAGUUGUUGAUCUCCAAAAAAAAUUGGGAUUGAAAGAAUUUAUUGCAAGACCAGUGUCAUCUCCUCCAACUCCCCCUGUGCCUGGACGUUCCAUAAUCGAAGGAGUUGGUGCUUUUGUAAGUGAAGCCAUUCGACAAUAUCCAUCUGCAACAUGGAGGGCUUGCUCUUGUGUCCAUAUGCUUCUACAUGUCCCCAGUUACUCAACUGAAACUGAGGACAUAAAACAGUCAUUGGCGAUUACUUUUUCUAGGGCUGCAUUUUCUCGUUUUAAAGAAAUUCGGAGUAAACCUUGUCCACUCUGGAAGCCUCUGUUGCUUGCCAUAACAUCAUGCUAUUUGUGUUAUCCUGAACUCGUAGAGAGAAUAUUGGACAAAGAUGAAAAUGGAGGCUUCACAAUCUGGAUCUCUGCAUUGCAAUAUGUCUGUUCUAGUUCUUAUGAACCCGGUCUGACAAUGGAGUCUGAGAUAAAAUUGAUAGUGAUGGCCCUGGUCAAGGUAAUUGAACAGCUCUUGCAAGUAGGGAAACCGUGUGGGGGUCUGUAUACUUUGUUGCUGGAGGCAUCUGUUCGAUUAAAAGAAAUGCAAGAAGAGGACGAUGUUGAAGAAGAGGCCGAAAGUGAUGAGGACAAUGAUGAUGAAACUGAAGACGAUGAGGAGGAUUCUGACGCGGAUGAACACGAAGAAACCGAAGAAGAGUUUCUCAAUAGGUAUGCCAAAGCAGCUGCUGCGUUGCAAGAUGGUACAAUUAUUGAAGAGGGUGAUGUAGAAGAUCAAGAUCAUGUAAUUGAAUUGGGUUGUUUGGAAGAUAUAGAUCCUCAAAGAGUUGUGCAGUCACUAUUGGAGAGAUUUCACCGCGUUCUCCAACAAGGACAGACAGUUGAACCCCAGCUCAUGUCAAGUUUUCUAGACGCCUUCCCUGAAUAUGACUUAUUUUUUCAACAUUCAAUGUCCAAUUGAGUGACAGAUAUUCUCAUUAUAUUUCUGAAAUUGAUUUAUAACUUUGCCUCCGUCAGGCAUUAUUUUGUGUAUAUAAUUCGUCCAGAUUCAAAUGUUUCAAUUAGUCUGCUUCAUAACUCAUAUUGUGGGAUUAUUAUAUCAUUGUUGAAAAGUUUGUCAAGACUCUUACCUGUAGAAUUGUUUUUAUUUAUU